UCCGUCGAAAGACUCUAGAGUUUGUUCUGUGGACAGAAUAACUACUAAAAAAAGACAUUCUUAUAAGGGAGCAUUUUAUGAGUUACAAGGAUAAAAAGAGGCCUUACGGAUUUUAAUCUGCUGGGUUUUAUCACACUGGACACUAUCUGAAUGAAGCUGAAGCUCGUCCCGGUGAAAGCAGCGGUAAAUCUUUUGUUGUGCAUGGAGUAAAAAGACAACAGGACAGAAAGAACAUGUAUAUUUUUUUCAGUGCGAGACGAAUGCGAGCAUUUACUUGGGAAAUGUUUUGUUUCGAGCUGACACACCGUGUGCGGCGCACAUCAGCGCCGUUACGCGCGUAGAUCACCUGUUGAAGUUGCCCCGGUGAGCUGUUUCACGUUUCGCUUUCAAACGGCAGGAUCGUCUUGAACAGCGUCUUAACAAAUGAUCGAUCCGUCCUCCGGUCUGUAUGAUGCACUGAUUCCCCGUUAUGUUGUAGGAUGAGCGCUGAUCUGGAGCGCGUUUCGCUCAACACAUCGGUGAACUCGGCCGGCUCGGGCGGCCGUGCGCUUUCGGCAAACGUCCGGAGGCUCCACAACACUCUCAACCUGCUGCUCAGCGACCUGGAGAGAGAGCAGUUCAUCCACUGUCUCAAUGUGUACCACGCCAAGCGCAACGUCUUCGACCUGGUCCAAACUCUUAAAGUAAUUCUUAACACGCCCGGCAAACGACAGCUGCUGCCCAUGCUGCGCCUGGUCAUCCCGAGGUCCGACCAGCUGCUGUUUGACCAGUACACCUCCGAGGGACUCUACCUGAAGACGGAGCUGCUCCCCAGCAACGGUAGCGCGGAGGGCUUUGGAGAUGAGGGCGACUCGACUCUGCAGAAAUAUGUCAGCUCCAUCCAUGAACAGCCCCUCACCUCAGGCUGUCCGGACGGUUACAGCGCCGCCGCGGAGUUGUCGGCUUCCAUGACCCAGCCGUUUUUUGAGGGUCACUUCGGGGAAGUGCGCAAAGUCACCCUGACGCGCUCCAGGAGCCACGAGGGUCUGGGCUUCAGCAUCCGCGGGGGGUCGGAGCACGGCGUGGGGAUCUAUGUGUCCCUAGUGGAGCCUGGCUCAUCGGCCGAGAGAGAAGGACUGAGGGUGGGAGACCAGAUAGUGACCGUGAACGACAUGAUGUUUGACAAUGUCACUCACAUAGACGCGGUUAAGGUGCUUAAGGGAUGCAAGAAGCUGUCCAUUUCAGUGUGUUCCAUGGGUCGGAUCCCUGGAGGCUACAUAACCAACCAUGUGUACAGUUGGGUGGACCCUCAGGGACGGAGUGUCUCCCCGCCACCUGACAGCCAGGAGGCCAACCAGUGGCAAGGACAUGGCAUGGAGGAGAGGACGGUAAACCUGAAUAUGGACGACGGUCGCUCUCUGGGCCUAAUGAUCAGAGGUGGUGCUGAGUAUGGACUGGGGAUCUACAUCACUGGAGUGGACCCUGGAUCUGCUGCAGAUGCUGGUGCAUUAAAGGUGGGUGACCAGAUCCUGGAAGUGAACGGUCAGAGUUUUGUCACCAUCUCCCACGAUGAGGCAGUUCACAUCCUCAAAACAGGACACCACCUGCUGAUGAAAGUGAGGGAUGUGGGUCGUCUGCCUCAUGCACGCACAGUGGUUGAUGAGACCAAAUGGAUUUGCAGUCAGGCCAUAGCUGAGACCAAUGCUACAGCUAACCCAAGUUCUGUUAUCAACCCCACUGUCAAUGCUGGCGUCCACGUUAGUGUCAGUGCCAGUACCUGCAGUACAAGACCAUCUUCAGGCAGAGCCACACCUGUAAUAGGAAAGCCAGCAGCAUACAGAGGUGUGGGCCCACCAGGUGCUCAGGUGUCCCUGGAGCAGCAGGCCUACAUGCUGCUAACGGAGCCAGAGAGGCAGACCAUGGCCUACUACCUGCAGGAGUACCAGGAGGGACACAUAGGAGUGGAGCCACUGGCCAUGGCUCUGUUUGAGCUCUUCAACACACAUGCAAAGCUGUCCAUGUUGUCUGAGGUGAGGAGUCUGGUGGCUCCCCAGGACCUGGAGUUAUAUGACAGGCUUGUGUUGCACCGUGAGAGGGAGGCCAACCAGGCCUGGCAUGGAGGCCUAGGAGUGAUGCACCCACAGGGCCACUGCAACCACUCGUCCACUGUGAUCCAUGAUGGGGGAAACACAGUCCCUGCUACGACUGAUGGCUCUGUUGGUGGCUGGACAGAACAAGACCAAGAGGAGAACACUAAUACCUUGAAAAACAUUUCACUGGAUGAAAUGCAGGCUUCAGGUGAAUCUCCUAAAUUCUUCAGGGCUGCCCCUCUCCAGGCUCAGAACAGGCCGCCCAGGGAGAAGGAGCUCAGCCUGAAGCCUUCAGCCCGUCGGGUGCAGCCCGGCUCCAGCCUGCUUUUUAGUGGCCCCACCCGGCUGCUCCAGGACUGCCUCCACAAGUCACUCAAAUCCCUCCCCACCAUCCAGCAGCCCUCACCAACCUCUGCCCACCACACAUGCGCUGGUGCCACCUACCACACUUCCCUCAAUGCACUCCAUCAUACCUGCCAGAGUUCCCCUCAACUCUCUGACUCUGAACACCACAACCAUCUCCACUUCGCUCAUCACUUCCACCCCCAUGCUGCCCACAGCCGGCCCAGUUCAGGACACCACACCUGCCCGGGCUUUCUGCAUCAUCGGGACUCCUCCGGCUCUGCUAAGCCAGAGGCAUCUGUCAAGCUCACUUGCAGAUCCAGCUCCUAUGAGAAGUCCUCCAUCUUGUCAAAGUCUGCGUCCUCUUCCAAAGCAGCAUCUCCCAUACCAUCGCCUCAUCUAUCACCCCAUCCCUCACCAUGUCCCUCUCCAUGCCCCUCUCUCAUUACACCUGCUGCUCCGCCCUGUAGUCCUGACCAGCCAGGCUCACCUGCCCUCACCCAGAAGGUCAUCAUAACAGACAUGAACCGGCUGUCUGCAGACUCCAGACCACAGCAGAGAGGGGCCACCCUGUCCCAACUGUCUGAUAGUGGCCAGACUCUGAGUGAGGACAGCGGUGUGGAUAUAGCCGAGGCAGGAGGCCUCAGUAAGGACGGCAGCCCUCGACCUAGCAAGAACCAGCAAGGCCAUCUGGAACAGCCAGGGGCCCAUGCGCCUCCUCCAGGGUCCACCAGACAACAGACAAGCUCACCGGUCCCAGUGCCCACUGCUACCUUGGUACGAGUGGUGAAAAACGCCAACACACUUGGCAUUGCUAUAGAGGGGGGUGCCAACACACGCCAACCUUUGCCGCGCAUAGUCACCAUUCAGAAAGGAGGCUCAGCUCAUAACAGCGGUCAGCUGAAGGUGGGUCACGUUAUCCUGGAGGUCAAUGGCAUUCCCCUGAGAGGACGGGAGCACAAGGAUGCUGCCCAGAUUAUAGCCGAGGCCUUCAAGACCAAGGAGAAGGACCACAUUGACUUCCUGGUGGUUGAGCCAGGACUUUAGUAUGAGGACUCUGCACUUUAUGCGGGUUGGCUGAAGAGGACAAUGUUUUCCUGCUUUUAGGAAACUGUAUGAACUUCACAUGAUGUUGUCCUAUAAUCAUGGCCCUCAUUUUGUUUGCAGGGAGAGGAUUGGUAAAAGAUAUUUGUUAACUGCACCCUACUGAGAUUUGCACAAUUUAAAUUUAGAAAAUGAUAAUAUAAUUAAUAUCUGCCAUAAAAGUCAUACAUGCAUCAAAUGAUAUUUGCAUCAGUUUCAUUAGUCUUCAAACCCUGAAACCCUGAACCAGGAGGACUGGGUUAGUACUGAUAUUGUGGUUGUCACACCCAGUAAUAUCAAAAACAGCCAAUUGUCUUACAGUCAGGAAGUCAGUGUUCAAGUGUCUUGUAUUUUUUGUUCUUGCUACAAUUUUUGGAGAGGCAGUGCUGCUCUGGAGGCAGAUGU